CUCAUAAUCACCUUUGGUAUUUCCUUUUAUCUAAUCCAUCCAAGCCAUGACCCGGAAUCUCGAACCCUCAAAUUAUACAGAAAGAACCUUCUCGUGUAUAGCCAUACCGGUGACAUCAUGGGAGAUCAGUAACUGCCGGCGUGUAACUAUAUAUCGGGACUAAUUGAUAUUCUGUGGCAGGACUUGAAAUCCGGGAGUCAUCACCAUAUGUUAGCACAAGAAUGCCUAUACCGUUACUGUCGAGAGAUUGUCAACUUUCCUUUGAACGUGUGCUGGAGGAUUUUCCAUCUCAACAACGAUGGCUCCACGGGAGACUUGCUCCGACAAGUCGAUCAUGAUAUGGUUGUGCCAAGGAAGUAUAUAGUACUUGACGAAGACUCAGGAUCCUUGGAUAUCAACGUGACAUCAGAUAGAGCCCCACGGCGGGUAUACUCGAGACCACCUAGCUCGGAUCAUAUCAACCAAGAUAGCCAUUUCCGCAAUGUCCUCCGUGAACGAGACCGCAAAUACGCUAUCUCCGGCAAGAGCCUACGGGCCAAAAACCGACCCUUCCUCGGGCUCUCGAGCACCCAUGUCUACUCCGUAAGUAGGAUAAACGAAUGGAAGACGCAAAACUACAGACGCUGGAUUGCAGAUACCAGCAGCCCCAGAGAAGUUGGUAAUUCGAGAAUCUUUUCACCGCAAAACGGCUUGCUUUUGAUGGCGGGUAUUGAUAUGAUCUGGGAUGCGUGGAGGAUUGGUAUUGAUCCAGAUGAAGGUUUCAAGAUCAUCUGCUUCGGCGAAGACGCCGUGAUGCUAGGUGGAUGCAGACUCGCAGAGUCCGCUAUAACCCGCCCAACCCUAACAAUCGUGUUAGCCCUGACUUUCUGCGAUGGCAUCUCCGCAUGUGUAUUUUGGAGGCUAUGAGGGGGAAUGAUAUCGGGAAUCCGUGGGAGUUUGAUCUGGGACCGCAGCCGGAUGAUAUGGGGACGAUUAUGGAGAAAGGGGAUGGGGAGAGGAUGGAGGCGGAGUUGUUUUCGAGGUUGGGGGGUUUUAUGGAUAGAGGUGAAUGAGUAUGGCGUGUGUCAUUUUAUUACAGUCACUUGUAUGGGCGCUAUAGGAACAAUCAACAAUUCACAAUACAUUGCGCCUUCCGAUC